UGAUUUAACGUGUUUUAAUUCCAAUACAGUAGUUAAACACCCUACCCCAAUAGUUUAACACCCCCCGUAAAAAUAUGCGACAUUCUUUUAAAGCAUAGUUUCUGAAGGUAAAACUCAAGCGGUGCAUUUAUGUUGAACGACUCGUUUUAAUUAACUUCAAAUAAUAAACGCUUUAUCUUUCCUGACUGAUUACAAAACACGACAUUAUCAUAUUUUAUAUUUGGAUUUUAAAAACCCCCAAACGACGAAAACUUCCUACUGUAUCACGUGGGUGUUACGUCGUCGUUCAAGAGAUUGUUUAGGCUCAACCGUUUAGUUGCGGUAGUCUGUAGCAGCAGUGUCAGUGAGUUUAGGUUCUUUGCCCUUGUUUACUGCGGGAGCUGCUUUAUCCUUUUUCCACUGACACUUCCGUCGGGAGAAUGUAGUGCGUCACAUUGACGAUUAGAUUAAGCUCCUCCGUAGUUGAUCGAUAUUAAUCCCACAUUGGCAGAGUGUUUUCAAACGGGCUAGCUGCUAGUUUAGCAGCGAUGGAGUGGCGAAGCAACAACGACGCGCUGUCCGACAGCGAGUCCCCUGAAACGGACCCACGCUGCCCCUACCAGCAGACUUCAACACAGCUCUGUAGUUGUGCCGAGGCAUCCCUGUGCCAGGACCAGCAGCAGGGUUGCUCGACGACUUCCAUGGUGUCCAGCUGGAUGCUGGCCGAAGCUCAGGACCGCCUGUGUGCUUUAAGGUUCCACGGCUCCGAGUCCCUGGAGCAAGAACACGCUCGGACUCGGGCGAGCCCCACGGAACUGACGCACACUGAGGAGGAGUGGCUACGCAAGGAGCGCAUGCUGGGAGGUCAGGAGCCCAGUCUAGGACCUGUGCUUGGCGCCGACGGAAGUUGGGAUGUUUUUGAUAAAAGUAUCAUCAAUAUCCAAAAUGAACCCGUAGAAGCAGAACAGUGCAAGGCAUCACUCCACAAGUCAGAGCAAGACCUUAGGCACUUUGGUAUAUUGCGGCGAUGGGAUGACAGCCAGCGAUUCCUGGCCGAGAAGCCUCAGCUCAUCUGCAACGAGACGGCCAACUAUUUAUAUUUGUGGUGCAUCACGCUCCAGCAAGAAGGGAAAGAAGCGCUGAUGGAGCAGGUGGCUCACCAAGCUGUAGCCAUGCAGUUCAUCCUGGAGAUGGCAUCAAACUCACGGCAGGACCCCAGAGCUUGCUUCAGGCAGUUCUUCCAAAAAGCCAAAGAAGGACAAGAUGUCUAUUUGGAAGUCUUCCACAGCGAGCUUGAGGCCUUCAAAUACCAAGUGAGAGAACAUGUGGUCAGGUGUAAAAGCAUCACAUCCAACAACACAACUCAACAGCCGAGCAAUGGCACAAACCUACAACUCGACCCCAAAGAAUCUCAAAGCUCUUUAACACAAGUGGCGGAGUACCCUUCCAAGCGCUGUUUAGAAGCUGGAUUGUUGAUAAACACAGGGAGACGGACAAAGGACGAUGCCAAUGAAAGUGACGAUAUACGCAUGAUGGAGACCUCUUAGGAAACGUGGCUGCCUUUCUACCAUCUUCACCUUCUCCCCCCAUGUAGGAACACCUUGACUUUUUUUUAAACGACACUCGAGCACAACAGGAAUAAAGACCAGCAUGAUUAGCCCUUAGUCAGGUCUCGACUGGCGGCCUCUAAUGCCGCCAUUCAUCAUCAGAGAAACAAGAGUUGCUUUAAAAUGAUGACCUGUGUCCUCGUUGUAGCUGUACUAUGUAAUCACAAUUUGCAUACAUUCAAAAUAGUUCGUCUUGGCACAGCAAUGGACCUAAUGGCAGGUGUUCAAAUAAUAAUAAAUGUCAAUUCCUGGACUGUAGCCUAUGAGUAUGCAUUUAUGGCAUGACCGAGCACUUUGUAUUUGAAUGCAUUGUGAGAUAAUUCAAACUGACGAGGAUUCACACUCCAGAGUCACACUAAGAUAUAUAUUUAGAUAUGCAGUAUUUCCUCAUAUUGUGGCCACCAUUAGGGAUGAAUAAAUGUUAAUUUUGAAAUGUGAUUUGGAAAAAAAUUGGUUUAAAUGUUUUUUUUCUCCUUUUCCAAAUGGUGACACUAAAAGGAGAUAUGAUGCCCUUUGAUUUUUGUCGGUACCACAGAUAUAACUACGGUAGGCGUUUCAAUUACAUGUCUGACAUGCUUUUGUAAAAUAAGAUCAGCCAGUAUAGUACACUCUAUAGACACUUAUUCUUGCUUUACCCAAAUUAGCCCGCUUGACAGAGAAACUCUGUCAUCCAAAUACUGCCGGGCCAAUAGUGAGUACAGUAGAGACAUGAUUACCAUGACAACCAGGCAUGGGCGCUUCAUACGCUACAUAGUGUGUAUGUGGCUCUUGGCACAUCACUUGGGGAUAAAAAACGAAAAGGUCUCUUUGAGAUGCAAAGUUGAUUUGUUCGAAUGCAUUUCGAUUAAUCAGCGGAACGAGGUCUGUUUACGGCGGAGGCCGCUGUCUGGGGAAAUAGUCUUGACGUUGACGAGGUAGUCUUCUGCCACUGAAUAAAAGAGCGUUCCGCCUGUUGAUAAAUGUUGCUGUUUGGGAAUCGCUGGAGUAGACGACACAAAAUCCAGUGUAGCUUCGCCAAUUAAGUUUGACACCAUUAUUUCAAUGCAUGUUGCUUUUCAAGUCUUUAGCAAUGUAGGAUUUUAGUUAAUGUUUUCAUUUCUACAUCUCCAGUUGACAUUAUGGGAGAAGGUGGAGAGAUCAAAAGUGCCCUUUUUUUUGGUACAUUUAUCUGCAGAAAGGAGGUCUUUGCAUCCGAAUGUGUACUGCACUUUAAUAUUUGACUUUUUUUGAACUCACAUGUUACUUUUUAUUUUGAAGACUUACCGUAAUCAUGCCGACUUCUAAACUUUUACAAGCGGGCUUGUGAUAAGCUUUUCAUUGGAACUGUGUGAAGUUUUUUUUUGUUAUUGCUGUUUUCACGUUUGAAUGAUUUUGGUCACUGGGCCAGUUUUCUCAGGCUUCCAGCCACCUAUCUGCUCUGUAAUAAAUUCAAGAAUAUAAAUAUAAAGUGAUUUUCUGCUGCAGAGUGGAAUUGAGUAGACCAGAUCGUGCAUUAAAUUAUAUUGUAUGAAAAA